ACAAUGUUAGCAUUGACUUCUGUUUUCUCAGUGUUUUUCAAAGUCAAAUAAUUUAUUUGCCUGAAACUGCUCAAAGUGAUUCAUUUCAUCAUUAACCAAGAAAAAAAAAUUGCUCCUCUCCGUCCUCUAAAAGCCCUUUGUUACAUCUCAUCAUCGUCAUCAUCAUCACCAUCAUCACCAUCAUCAAUCAUGGACUCUCAAUUUCCCAGCGGCGGGACAACCCCAAAGCGUCAGGUACAAAUCCAAGGUCCACGCCCAACCCCACUAAAAGUCAGCAAAGUCUCCCAUAAAAUCAAAAAACCGCCUCACCCACCACACCUCGCCGCGGCCGAGGCCGUCCCUGCAGCAGCAGAUCAACACCGUCGCGAGCCGGUAAUCAUCUAUGCUGUCUCACCCAAAGUCAUCCACGCCCAAGAAUCCGACUUCAUGUCAAUCGUCCAACGCUACACGGGACUUUCCUCGGGAAACUUCUCUGGUGACGGCGACAUAUCGCCAGCAGCAAGGUUGGCAGCAAUGGAAAAGGCGAGCCCAAGCCCGAGAGAGAAAAUAGGGGACGUGGGGGUUAUGGAGGAAGCUGGGGCGGAAGAAGUUUUGAUUCGGAUGGCGCCAGGGAUACUUUCGCCUGCGCCGGAGACGUUACCGGCUGUAGCUACGGGGACGUCCUUUUCGCCGGCGUCGGAGGCUAGAAUGAUGUGGGCUUUGCAUGACUGGAGCCCGAUUUUACAUGGAAGUGGGUUCAUGGCAAGCCCUUCUGCAUUGCUUUCUGGGCCUUUAAUUUCUUCUCCAACUCUUUCUUCUGAUUUUUUUGCUCAGAUUUGGAACCUUUAGCCAAAACUUUUUUUAAUAUCCAUAACAAAUUUUGGGUUUAUAAAUUUGAUAUUGUAUUGUUAGAUUUAGGGGCUUCUUCAAUUGUAAUAAUGUAAACUAGUGCACCAUUUUAUUUUUUUUUAAUAAAGAGAGGUGGAGUUAGAAAAAUUAGGGCAGGGUGGAAAUUUUGUUGUAAGAGAUUUUGUGUAAAAAAUUUAGGAGUUUGUAAUUUUACUUUAGUUGCUAUUUGGAUUUUAAUCGUAAAAUUUGGUAAUUUGAUGGAGAAUGGAAAUAGUGAUUUUUUUGGAUAUGUCAUUCCAUGU